AUGUCACUCAAAACAUCUGUUCCGAUUGCCCUUCUUGCCAUGGCUGGCACAGGGUUUGCCCAAACCGUGGUCGGGUCCAACUAUAACAACCCAACCGCUGGUCCACCUGCCAGCUAUUUCGCAGCUGCCGCUACUGUUCCUGUUGCCGCUUUGCAAACUGCAGCUGCAAAGGCUAGCACAGCUGCCCAGAGUGCAACUUAUCCCAUCAAUGGAGAUAGUGGAGCUAAGAAAGUCACUAUUCAUAGUGACUGGUCGAACUUUAGCGAGGGGGCUGCAUUUGUCUGGGUGGCAGACAUGGAUGUUGACUGUGAUGGGAUUGACUAUAACUGCAAGGGUAACCCAGACGGACAGGCAGAAACCAACUUUGGUGCUCUUGCUGCCUAUGAAGUUCCAUUUAUUGUGAUUCCUGAUACCUUCGGCACUAAAUAUGCCAGCGUGCUUCCCGGAAACAACAUUGGCGCAGUUAUUUGCAAUGGAAAGAUGUUCUACGGUAUCUACGGUGACACAGAUGGUGAUUCCCCCCAAGUCAUCGGAGAAGCAUCGUGGUUGAUGGCCCGUACAUGCUUCCCCAAUGACGACCUCAAUGGAAACGCUGGCCACGGCGCCGCAGAUGUGACAUAUAUUCUGUUCACUGGCAAAGAUGCCGUGCUCCCGAGCAGCGCUCUGGGCAAGAAUUAUAUCACCAACUUUACCACGCUUCGGUCUAUGGGCGACAAGCUCAUCAGUGCUCUGGCAAAGAACCUCAAUCUGAGUGGAGGAACCACUCCCACUACUACUUCUACCACAACUACCACUACCACCACCAGUGGAUCUUGCUCUUGGGCAGGGCAUUGCGCCGGUGCUUCUUGCUCUGAUGAAAAUGACUGCUCUGAUGAUUUGGUUUGUACGAAUGGAAAGUGUGCUAGCCCUUAA